UCGUAGAUCAGAGAAUAAACCUAGAGGAGGAAGAAGGGUUCCAAGAAUGAAAAGCAGAACCGAAAAGCCAUGACGCCGUUUUGGUUUGAGAUCAAUUUUGGUAGGAAAGGUGGGCAUGAUUGUUCUUGGGGAGGAACACCGAACAGUUCCUUCCACUUGUCAUAGCCUCUGAGCCUUCCCGGGUUUCGGCCCGGCUAUUAAGGCACUGCACGUGCUUAUACCUACAGAGUUCGCCAACUACCACCAACAUCUCUUUUCGUGAAUAAGUUGCGAAGUUAUUCCUUAGUCCUUUCGUCGUAUCCGUGGGCUCAAUUUGGGGAUCGCACUCGUGCGCUGUUGGAGGAAGUACUCGAGUUAAUUAAUGGCCAUGGAGAGUGACACUCUCCCUCUAGAUCUUUCAGACGUCGUACAUGAUGAAUCACUAGGGCAAGAUGCUCAUCCUCAUACUUCUCAAGGCCAACAUGAUUCACGCUCCACGUCGGUCUUUGAAUCGGACUCGGGUCUUUUAACAACUCUGCAGCCUCCCUUUGAAGAAGACCCCGAGGUCCACAGCAGGGGCCAGACACCUACUUUAUCAUCGCUCGAAAUGCUAGAAAAUGAGCUUGUCAAUCUGCUUCACCAGAAUGCAUCCGCCGCCGCUGCCAACGCAGCUUUGAUCAGCGCAGCCGCUCAGCAACACCAAUCCGACCGUCCUUCUACAAGAGAACAAGAGACGCCGCCAGCUACAGAUAUUGGAAGUUAUCUUUCUGGCCUGGCCGUCGUUCUCCAAGCGGCUCAGGCCCAGGCACAACUUAACGACAGCGAUCGUAUUGCGUUGGAUGCUCUCCUUUCGGCUAAAGAUUUGUCUGUGUUGGGGGACAAAGGUAAUCGGAGCACUCGGGCGGCACCAUCUUUUCACUCGCUUACAGCUGCUAAUGACUCGCGGGAACCGUCGCGUAAGAGGAGAAGAAGAGGUCUCGAGGAAACUCGGGAAGAUUUUUUGUACACGGAGUUGCAUGGUCGGAGUGAAGACGAUGGGACAGAAGACAGUGGAUCAGAGACGCGACCAGACGACCCUGCAGCAAACCCUCUGCCUCAUGCCGACUUCACUGACAUUAACGACAUCUUUACUCAUUUAUCCACGCAAUUAUCCGCUCAAUUCGAAGCAGAUCCCAGCAGUAGCCCCCGAGCAUUGCAGUUCCAAACAGCUGGGUCCACAGUUCUCGCACCCUCGAAUCGCAGUGCCAUACAGCCCGUCGCCUCCUCCUCUAGCUUCGUGUUUGAGUCGCAUACCCCCAAGAAAGCCAAAAAGCCGAGGGAGAAACUCAAGAACACACAUGUUUGUGAACAACUCGACUGUUUGAAGGCUUUCACCCGCCGGAGUGAUCUACUGCGACACAUGCGAAUACAUACCGGCGAGCGUCCCUUCCUCUGCAGUCAUCCUGGUUGUGGGAAAACCUUUAUCCAGCGUUCCGCUCUGCAUGUACACUCACGGGUGCACACGGGUGAAAAGCCUCAUUGCUGUGAAUAUCCGGAUUGCGGAAAGACUUUUGGUGACUCUAGCAGUCUUGCUCGGCACCGUCGUACGCAUACCGGUAAACGACCUUACAAAUGUGAAGAUUUGCAAUGCGAAAAGACGUUCACCAGGCGGACUACCCUAAUCCAGCAUAUGCGCACUCACGAUCCUAAAUGGGAGCCGGAUCCGAAUGUUCGAUAUAGCUUUAGCGCAACCAAUGCAGCGCAGACAAGCGAAGAAGAGGAACAAGAGCUUUCUGAGUCGGUCCGGACGAUUUCCGAUCUCUUUCAAUCCAACGCCCUUGCACCAGAACCUGUACCUGGGCCGGAUUCUUUGGACCGUGUAGCGAGUAUCAGCGCCGAAAUCGCGGCCGCUAUAGCUCAAGCUCACCAACGAGUGUUUGAAGACGAUGAAGAGGAAUCAGACUAUGAGCAGGAGAUGCCAGCCCGCGAGACGAUCACACUAAAUACAAGCGGCAUCAGGGGUUUGGGUGAGGACAGACUGCAUAGAGCAGACUCGGAAUUUGAAGAUGAGAGGUUUCCCCAACAAUUGCGAGCAUUGAAGAACAAUUCCAACAAGCGUAAAAAAUAAAUAUUGUAUCAAUAAUGAAUUAUAGGUCAGCU